AUGUUGAAAGAUAUGAAAAAUGACAAGAAGAAGAAGAAUGGCGACGGCGGCGGAGAACGGAAAACGAAGAAAGAUGCCAUAGACAAGCCAAAGGAAAAGCUAGAACAGAAGAAAUCCAAUGAGUUAGUCCAGCCUCAGUUGGCAACUGCGAUGCUGAAGGUGCAUUCGCAUUGCGACUGCGAUGGAUGUACCGAAAACAUUCAGAAAGUAGUCACCAAGACAAUUGACCGUGACGGAGUAUUCACGGCGUUUACUGCUAUAGGAUAUCAUCAGAUGGCCAUCGACGGCGCAAAUGGUCAAGUGACAGUCAAAGGGUCAAUGGACAUGAACGCUCUGGCCAAGUCACUGGAGCAAAAGCUGAAGCGUUAUGUUGAGAUUGUUCCACUUUCACCUCAGAAGGAAGAUGAGAAGAAAGAGAAAAUCGGAUGUGAUCACAAAGAAAAGGAUGGAGGAGAGAGAAAUAUUGGUGGCGAGGGUGACCUAGAUGGCGAAAAUACAGAAAAAAGAUAUGGUGAUGAAUUUGCGAAAUACGUCAAUGGCGACACGAAGAAACCGACGGUGAUCGGAAAAGUAAAUCCGGCUGAACUCCGACCAACGGUGGAUCAGAAGAAGGGCAAGAACAAUAACAAAGGCGAUGAAGGAGAGAAUGAAGUUAAACAGAGGAUCACGGUGAUUCGGACGGAAACCAAAAAGGCCAUCCGUGGAUUUCCACGUGUGGAAUCUGUAAUACACGACGAAGGCAACACGAACAAACAGACUGUAAUCAGAGAAGAACAUCCGUCGAGAUUCGGAGAAGCAGUUGAAAAUGUCCAGCAGGCCUCUCCUUUGCCAACAAAAGAUAAGAAAAAUGACAAGAAGAAGAAUGGCGACGACGGCUGCGGCGGCGAAGAACGGAAAACGAAGAAAGCUGCCAUAGACAAGCCAAAGGAAAAGCUAGAACAGAAGAAAUCCAAUGAGUUAGUCCAGCCUCAGUUGGCAACUGCGAUGCUGAAGGUGCAUUCGCAUUGCGACUGCGAUGGAUGUACCGACAACAUUCGGAAAGUAGUCACCAAGACAAUUGGAAAUCAUCAGAUGGCCAUCGACGGUGCAAAUGGUCAGGUGACAGUCAAAGGGUCAAUGGACGUGAACGCUCUGGCUAAAUCACUGGAGCGAAAGCUGAAGCGUUAUGUUGAGAUUGUUCCACUUUCACCCCAGAAGGAAGAUGAGAAAAAAGAUAAAAGCGGAUGUGAUGAAUUUGCAAAAUACUACAAUGGCGACACGAAGAAACUGACAUUGAUCGAAAAAGUAAAUCCGGCAGAACUCCGACCAACGGUGAAUCAAAAAAAGUGUAAGAAGCUCCAAAGGGUCUCUCCAAUAUUGCCAGGGGAAGACAAGAACAACAAGAAAGAGAAUGGCGGUGGCAGAGAAGAGAGGAAGGAGAAGAAGCAAGAGGCCAAACCCAAGCCAAAGGAAAAGCCGGAAGUGACAAAAUCGACGAAAUCUAAUGAGGUAGUUAAUGAAGAGAUCUUUGUUUAUUUGGUCUAUUUUAUGUUUUAA